AUGAACAGAGUGAAAUCUGUUGCAAAGGACGUCAUUGCAGGCGCAAAGAAGUAUGCCUCGUUCGUAGGGCCAGGCAUAAUGGUCUCAGUGGCGUAUAUGGACCCCGGGAACUAUUCGACAGCAGUGUCGUCUGGUGCUAUGUAUGAGUACAAGUUGCUCUUCAUCAUAUUCAUGUCUAAUUUAUUUGCAGUUAUUCUUCAAUGCUUAUGUGUUAAACUCGGGACCAUCACAGGUUUGGACCUCGCUGAAAUGUGCCGAUUGCACUUGAAUCCCAACUUGAACUUGGCCUUAUACUUUUGUGCUGAGCUUGCCAUCAUCGCUACCGACUUGGCAGAAGUUGUGGGAACCGCUAUUUCCUUGGAGAUUUUGUUUGGAAUACCCUUGUUCUACGGAGUGCUUAUAACCAUUUUGGACGUAUUGAUAAUCUUGAUGGUAUAUCAUAAAGAUGGGUCCAUGAAACAGACAAGACUAUUUGAGAUUCUUGUAUCUAUUUUGGUAUUGGCUACUUGCCUCUGUUUUAUCCUUGAGCUAUUCAAAUGUGACUUUCCAGAAGGAGCUCUUGGUGGGAUAAUCAAAGGAGUUUUACCAGUAAAUGGCCAGAUCUUCAAGGAACAAAAUGCUUUAUUCUUGAGCUGUGGAAUAGUUGGAAGCACGGUUAUGCCUCACUCUUUAUUCUUGGGAUCUGCUUUGGUGCAAUCCAGAUUGAAAGAUUAUGAUAUCAAACACGGAUUCAUUACUGGUCAGGACUCAGAAGACCCGGAUUCAACUUCAAUAGCAUCAAGCUCCGAUCAGGAAUUACAUGCUACUAUUCACAAGUUUAGAAGUAUUUCUGAUGGUACAAGCUUGUCAAGAAAGUAUCGACCAUCGUACGAAGCUAUAAAGUAUUCAUUGAACUAUUCGUAUACUGAAUUGGUGCUUUCUUUGUUCAUUAUAGCAGUGUUUGUCAAUUCUGCAAUUUUAAUUGUGGCAGGCAGUUCCUUAUUUGGUAAACCGGAUGCUGACAAUGCCGAUUUGCUUUCGAUAUAUCAGAUGUUAUCCUACUAUAUUUCACCAGCAGCAGGUCUUAUAUUUGCAUUAUCGAUGUUGUUUUCGGGUCAAAGUGCUGGAAUUGUGUGUACUAUGGCCGGUCAAAUCAUCUCAGAAGGGUUUAUAAAUUGGUCUGUUAAACCUUGGUUGAGACGUAUAAUCACAAGAGUAUUGGCCAUUGUACCAGUUUUGUUUUUCAUCGGUAUUCUUGGACGUGAAGGUGUGAGUAAGAUCAUGAACUCCUCCCAAGUGGUUCUUAGUUUUAUUUUGCCAGUAGUUAGUGCACCUUUGAUUUACUUCACCUGCAAAAAAGAGUAUCUCACGGUUUUUGAUACUAGCGAGCAUUUAAUCAUCAACGAAAACACUGCAUUAUUGACCGGUGAAGGACAGAACUCGAGUGCUCCAGUGACAGUCAGAAAGUAUACAUUUGAGAACGGCAAAGUGUUGACAAUUGCCAGUGUUUUAACUUGGCUCAUCAUCAGCUCGUUGAACUUCUACCUAAUCAUAGCAUUCGCUAACGGUGCUGAUAUAUAG